AUGACACCCCGAGCAAGGCGCCAGGCGCGCUCUUCGAGGACGAAGCCCUACACCAAGAAACGACUUACUUCACCGACUGCGUCUGCUCCGGAAAGGGACGUAUCGCAGCCGCAGCCUACAGGACCGAGCCCAACCGCCGUCGCUCCCACGACUCACGAUAGACAUGGUUACCCUACCCAGGCCCAGUUUUCCGACAUCCUCGAGCGAUACAUGGCAUCUCUACACCCUAGGAAGGCCGUAAAAGCACUCAUUGACCGGGAAAUGUACGAUAAGAUCCACGGCACCCUCACCAAUCCUACCGACCACAGAAUCGGCAAUGCGCAAUUCCGAUUCUGGGUGAGGAAGAUGUUCACGCUCGAGCACGUCCCAGGGUACAGUGGUCCGUACUCUGAGAGUGGAGACCCUGACAGUCCACCGCAUGUGGUCGUACACGAGAACAGGCCCGUUGCGAUCAAAGAGGACUUGUACUCUGUUCUCUGUCAUAGCCAUUCCCUCGCACAGCACGGAGGGAGGGAUCGCACGUGCGCCGUUGUCCGGAGCCUGUACUCGUAUGUUCCGAAAGUCCUUAUAGCAGCCUUUGUGGCGUCCUGUCCGACGUGCCAAUUCCGGAAGACGGGAGAUCCCAUCUACAUCCCCUUCACGGAACAGCAGCCUCCGGAGAAAGUCGAGCCGAGUCCACCACGCGCUCAAUUUUUACCUGACCGAAAGGCGGAGAAGGAAGUGGUAGAUGUAGAGGAUCCCGGGAUGGUAUAUUUCGGGCCGGGACCGGUGUAUCCCUUCCAUGAUGGUGGAAUACUUAUGACCCAUCCUCCCAGUCAUCCUUUAUUCAUGCCACCAUGGUCAUCUCUUCCCAUCCCUAUGCCGUCAUUACAACCUCCGUCCCAUGCCCACCGCGGCUCCACGUCGAGCAUUGAUACGUCCGUCUCCUCGCUCAGAACGCCCGACACGGAGCAACACUUCCCCCUUACCUUGCCGCCGCUGCAUCUACCACCUAUCCCUACGUCUCCACCAAGGGAGAACGCCAGCCCUCACUUCCCCUUCCAGUCUACGGGAUUCACUCCAAAGGCGCAGCGCUGGGAAUCAGAUCCCAACUUCCCACCCUUCUCCACGCCGUCCUCGUUCCCCUCGAGCCCCAGCAAACACCGCCUACCAAGCGUCUCGCAACUGCUGCGCAUGGAGGGCGUCGACGACGACAGUUAUAUUCACGGUCGCGGCGAAGAAGAGGCCGUCAGACUUCCUCCCAUUGUGGCAGCAUUAACCGACGAUGGUGUCCUGGGCCAUACUCGGGAGGGACGGCGGGGCGAAAUCCCCAUCGAUCCUUUCCUGCUAGGCAAUGGCGUCCCAUCUGGCACUUACAACUCGGGCUCGGCUCAACGCGAGUACUUCGUCGACGACGAGGUAUUCGCCCCUUCGUGUGACGCCUCUCCAUCUCGGCCCGUAGCUACCAAGCCCAGGACGAACCCUGUGCCGUCAAUCAUGGUCAGUGGUGCCGCAUACACCCACUCGCGGCCGCCACCGCUUGACCUAAGCAGGAUAUCCACUCUCCACCCCGGCGGCUCCAUUCCCCUCACGCCGUCUUCCGUCAGUCCUCUCAGCUCGGACCGUUCGAACAUGCCUACCGGAAGUUCGGCAUCGUUCGACGUGGCCAAGGGCGAUGUUGUAUGUGGCAGCGAGAAGAAUGCUGAGGGCAAGCGUAAGGCUAAAGGAAAGAGGAAGCAACUGGAACACGAUCAGAAUGUAGGGUAUCAAGACAUGGCCGUCUCCCCUGGCAGGAAGCGGCGUUCGGGAAGAUGA